UCGGCACGUGCUGUUUCGUGCUGUGUGUAGUCUCUAACCGGCCAGAUGUACUGAAAUUAUGGAUAGCCCGGCUAGUUCGUAUCAUUCUUUAAAACGACAACAGAUAAACUGGUGAUCAUCCUGCGCGUCUGUUCCAGGCAAUGUCCUGGCCGUGCCAACACCUAGAUCGCGAGACACCAAGCACUAAACCAUAAGCAUCGCAAAACCGCAGUCCGAUUGCUACUUACUCGGGUGUGAAAUAGUUUCUACUACCCAAACAGUGUCUGUUGACCCAGUUUGGCUGGUGCCAUCGUUUUAAGUUUCAGCGUGUUCCUUACUGCACGCCAAGCGGCAAAUCGAUAGAGAAAUUGCAAUGAACCAGUAAACCCCACAAAAGCGCCCCGUAUCCGAAGCCCUUCCACAGUGUGCGGAUUUAAUCGAGAUCAAUUGUCGAUCAUAGCUGCAGUUGUGGCUAGAUUUGCGAAGUGAUCAGUUAAAGUUUCAUGCAAAGCUGGUUCGGUGGGAAGAAGAAACAAUCUGCCCCAAAAGAUCGAUGACGGUGACGAGCUGCAAACCGGAUUGCUCCUGAUAGUCGUAUCUCACCCAUGUGGCAGCCAUUAAGUUCUCGACGUGCUGACGAACCGCUGUAGGUCGGGGCAGCAGCCGAACGGAUCGUGGCGAAAUUUUCAGUCACUGCCAGUUUCGGGUACCGACGGGUACACAAGUGCCAUUUGGACGAGCUGGCCACUCCGGGGUUGAAGAAGCGAACAAGAUUAUACAGGAUUAUUCCGCUGUUCGGGUCGUAAAUGACAAAAGCCCACUAGAUCAAGUGUGUCCAUUAUCAACCUGCAUUCAAGAAAGGCUCGGCGGAACUGCGGGUACAGACGGGUAGAAGAGGAACUAAAAAAAACAGGUGAUAGUGUCAUUAUAUGACGAUUGCAUCCGACGCAUGUGACGGGUAGUAUUAGGCGGAAAUCCAGUACCCCCCGUGAGAGGAGAAAAAAAUCCGGGGCGGAAAAAAUACAAUCGCCGUAACGCUUCGGCAAAUCAAUUCUUAUCGGUGCUUCAGGCGUAAACCGAUCGGUGGUCCGGGAGAGUUCUAGACCGUCCAGAGUUAGUCUUCAGACAUCCACCGGAUCAGUCGGACGGUGCGGAAGGCAGUAAGCAAGCGAGCGUGGGAGAAGUGAGUGUUGGGACCAGGAUACAAAAGGAUACUUCCGGCAUAUCGAACCACAACCAACGUCAUCGCAAGAUGGUUAAAUCGAUCUCGGACAACGCGCAGGGCCAGUUUUCGGCGGAGGACUACACGGUGUUUACGAUCAUGCUCGGGAUCUCCACUGCGAUCGGUGUGUACUUUGGAUUUUUCCAAAAGAAGAAAAACCAAACUACGGAGGAGUACCUGUUAGGUGGCCGGAAGAUGAAAACGUUUCCGAUUGCGAUUUCACUCAUUGCCAGUCAAUUGUCCGGCGUGUCGAUAAUGUCAGUUCCGGCGGAAAUGUAUUCGUACGGGGCCCAAUAUUGGAUCAUUGCGCCAACGAUGAUCAUCAUAACGCUGAUCAUCAACUACAUCUUCGUGCCAGUAUUCUAUAAUAAUCAGAUCACCAACUGCUACCAGUACCUGGAAGAUCGGUUCAGCCCGGCGGUGAAAAAGUUCGUCACGUUUACGUACGUCCUGAACAUCUACCUGAUACUGCCGAUCUUCAUUUUCAUCCCGGCGCUGGCCUUUUCGCAAGUGAGCGGCGUCAACAUCCACCUGAUCAACGGGAUCGUUUGUGGCGUGUGCAUCUUCUACACGAUGCUCGGCGGCAUCAAGGCCGUCGUGUGGACGGAUGUGGUGCAGGGUCUGAUCAUGUUCGUGUCCUGUUUUCUGGUGGUGUUUAUCGGCGUAGCGAAGAUUGGGGGUCUGUCGGAGGUAUACGAGCGGGCAAGCGCAGCCGAUCGUUUGGAAAUAUUCGACAUGACCCUCGAUGCGACGACUCGCCAGACGUUCUGGACGGCCAGCGUGGGAAACAUUUUUCUUUGGACCGGCUACCUUGGGCUUAGCCAGAGCUGCGUUCAGAGGAUCGUAGCCGUUCCGAGCAUGCGUCAUGCUAGGACGGCUCUGUGGAUCUUCUGUGCCGGGUUCAUCGUUAUCAUGACAUUGAAUUGCUUCACGGGCAUCGUGAUCUUUGCAAAGUACUUUGAUUGCGACCCGAUCAAGGUCGGUUUAGUACAGAAAGCAGACAAGUUGUUACCAUUCUUUGUACAGGACGUUGUUGGCAAUCUGAAGGGAAUGCCAGGUGUUUUCAUAUCGUGUGUGUUUAGUGCAGGGUUAAGCACAAUGUCUGCCAAUCUAAACUCUCUUGCUGGACUGAUCUACGAGGACUACAUUCGACCGUUCAAGCUAUUCAAGCACACCGAUGCCUCGGCCAAUUCGACCAUGAAGUUGAUCAUUCUCAUCAGUGGUGUGUAUUGCAUUGCGAUGGGUUUGAUUGUGGAGCAGUUUGGGCACAUCCUGCAGAUGGUGGUAACGAUUGCGAGCGUCACCCAGGGAGCCGUUAUGGGUAUAUUCUGCCUCGGUAUGCUGUGGCCGUGGGCCAACAAACACGGAGCUCUGUGGGGUACGGCUUCCAGUGUGAUCGGGAUGUCAUGGAUCAUUGCUGGAGCACAGAUGGCAAUCAGUAACAAGGAGCUAACCUACCCGCCCAGACCGACCAGCGUGGACGGAUGCUACGAUUACGGUUACAACGUAACGGCCAAUGACUUCCCAACGCUGAUAGCGCCACAGGAUGAAGCUGGGUUUUCAAUUUACAACAUUUCCUUCGUGUGGUACUCUACGAUAGGGACGUUGAUUGUGUUUCUGGUAGGCAUCCCCGUAAGCUAUUUCACGGGGUCACAGGAUAUGCACAACUUCCGAGCGAAACUUAUCUGUCCGCUCGUGCAGUGGAUGCUUCCCGAUGAGGUGCGACAAAACGAGUUUUCGCUGAAGGCUGAAAAUCAGAAAUUGACCGCAGAUCCGAUCAAGGAGUGGACAUUUACCGCCAACGAAACCGAAAAGUAUAAAGAACGAGUGAUUGAGCAGACACUAUGAUCGCCAUACAGCAAUGAGAUUUAAUAUGGUACAUUAUUUCUAAAGCAACCAUUCUAGGGUAAUUUCAACUUACGUUCCAUAUAAGACUACAUAUAUCAGUCGGAUUGAUCACUUUUCUCGUUUUUCAUCUACGUUCGUUGCUCAUCUCAUCGGUCAGUUGUAUUUAUGUUGUCAAUUUUAAAUAACGUCAACAAAUGUUUGUUUUGAUUAAUCUACUAGCGUUUAUUGUAUUGUGUAAAUUGUGGUAAUAAAACUGUAAGCCAUAUUCCCGGCUAUGUGCA